GAUAUAUAUAAAAUGCAAACACUAAUCCAAAAACACCGAUACGUACGGGGCACGGGCGGCGCUUGCUCUCUUUCAAUUCCUUCUGAUCAAGUCUCUCGACGACGUUCAUCUCACCAUCUCCGACAUCAAUAACAAUGACCAGCUCCAUUCAGUUAUAGACGAGCCCCGUCUCCGCUGUGGACGCUCGGCGGCAUCGACGGCACCGUCAGCCACCAUCUUUCACCUUGAGACCUUUCUUCCCCCUCUCGCUACAAAGUUCGCCAUGAGGCGACCCAACAAUGGCGAACCACGAGCGGGAAAUAACCUGACGCUAUCGUUCACGUCCCUCGAAGUUCCCCAACCCGCCCACGCCACUCGAAUUCGAAGCCCGUCCGACGGUUCAUCCACUGGCCGACUCGCAUCUUGGGCCGGUCGGAUCCCCGAACGAGUGGAGGCUUGAGGCUGUAGAACAGCGUCCAAGUGAUCAUUUCUUUCUUUUG